GCAAACCCAGGUGCAGAUGGAUGGAACGCACAGGAAAUGCGUCUGCAGCUGCAGGUCUGCUGCUAUUGUGUUGCUAUUGUUCUAUAUGACAGUCACACGAGUGGCUGCGUCUUCUCAUCCACGCGGUCACCUUCAACCGUUAGGCUCACACCAACCGCCUGAGGGGAAGAUAGUGGAAGUAGAAGGAGCAUCAAAUCCUGCUGAACUGUGCAGAGAGAGUAUGCAUUUUAGUAGGCCUGUUGUGUUGAGGAGAGCAAUAGAAAAAUGCAGAGCCAUGGAGCUGUGGAAUGAUCAAUACCUGAGGAACAAUUAUGGACAUCUUGGAUUUAAUUGUGAUAUUUUCAAGAAAGAGCAACUUGUCAUUCAGUCUACAAGUCUCAAUUUGAGUGAUUUUCUUGAUGCAUACAAUGAAUCUCACUAUUACAUUGUGGAUCAGUUGCCGAUAGAAAUGCGUGGUGAUGUGCCUUUCAUUGACUGUUUGCAUUGUGGAUCGGUUACUAGUCGGCUGCAAGAAAUGCAGUUAUGGUUUAGUAGCGGGAAUACGACAUCGUCUUUUCAUUUUGAUACAUUUCAUAAUUUGAACUGUCAACUUCAUGGGACGAAGUACUGGUUUCUUAUUGACAGAGAAGCUGGUGGUUUGCAUGCAUAUCUCUCUCGUGCACUUGAGGGCUUUCCAAUUAAAAUGGAGGAAUUCGAUGUGGAUGCUGUCAAUAUGUAUGAGUAUCCUAAUUUCCAGAAUAUUUCUUGGUGGGAAACCUGGAUUUAUCCAGGAGACUGUGUAUUUGUUCCAUACAAAUGGUUUCAUUAUGUGAGAUCCUACAAUAGAAACUUGGCAGUCAAUUUGUGGUGGUCACCAUCUCAAGCUCAGGAUAGCAAUUGUGCAGAAACAGAAGAGAAACAACUUGUUGGAGCAUCUUUGAGUGAUGUUUAUCUGACGUUGGGUGUUCAUGUCAGAUUUAUGAUGACUGAAAUGAUCUUGAACAAUCAUGGACAGGUGACAUUUAAAGAAGCAAACUACUUGUUUGUGUAUCCAUUUUCCAAUCCUGCUGGAAGGGCCAUCUGGAACUAGGCACCUCGUUACUAAGGCGCCAUCCGAGGUACAAUAAUUUUUAAUGGCUUUAAUAGAAACAGAAGAGAAACAACUUGUUGGAGCAUCUUUGAGUGAUGUUUAUCUGACGUUGGGUGUUCAUGUCAGAUUUAUGAUGACUGAAAUGAUCUUGAACAAUCAUGGACAGGUGACAUUUAAAGAAGCAAACUACUUGUUUGUGACUCCAGAUAGACCACUUAUUUCAGAGCAGGUAUGUUGCGAUUUUUGUCUUUUGUAGCUUGUUUUAACUGAUUCACAUUUAUAUUUUUUAUGUGUUUAAUUGAUGUAUUAUGUACCUCACAUAGAAUGGUAUACCUUUAUAGCCUGAGGUUUAGGAAACUACCUUUUAUAUUGAGGUACAAGAGCAUGCCUUAAUCUAGGCUAAUCUAGAUCUAGGCUGCUAGUCACUACACAGUUAAUGUGACAGUUUAUUAUGUAUCUUUGAUUGUUGACGUUACCAAUUGUUUCUGAAUUUACACCAAUUUCCAAAAAGAUAUGAGCAGGUUCGUGCUGAUGGGCCAGCUCGGAUUUUAUAAGAAUCAUUAUCCUCUCUGUUUGCUUUGGUGACGGCAAGGUUACAACACGAUCAUCAGAAGAUAACAAAGUUGGCUAAAUCGACCUGACUUUGAAGAUGGUGACAGAGCAGGCUUCUUAAUUCCCAGAUGACUUGGUAAUAGGCAUGCGUAGUGUUGAUGUAUUCUACCCAAUAUCAAUUUUGACAGAAGCCAAGUUAUUCUUCUUCGGAUGGUUGAGAACUUAAUAAACAACUUUAGAUUCUGGCGACUUUACGGUGGUAAGAUGUUCAUAGUUUGACGUAGUGUUUGCAGUCGUUUCAACAGUUGUUGUAUCUCUAAUGAAAGUGAUAAUUAUAAGCCGAUUGGUAGUCCUAGAAAAGAAUGCUUUUAAAUGCUUUUAUCACCAAUCAUAUCUCUUCAUCUGGUAUGUGAAGACAAAGAUUGGAAAAUUCACUGAUUGGUCUACGAUGGUAAGCAAGAGAGUGACAUUUCACAACCGUUGGCUCUAUUUUUGACCACGGUAGAGAAGAAUCAGUCUGUUUACAAAACUCUUGACAGUUUUUUUGCAGAAUUGGUAACUAAAACAAUUUCAUCAACAAAAAAUAGUAGAUCAUCAGUGGACUUGAAUAUAAUAAUCUGAUCUUUUGUUAGAACUUUGCAAAAUGGAAUUAGUACACCAUAAUUUAGUGUGAACAAUUGCUGAGAGGGAAGUGUAGAAGUUUUUCUUGACACUCUUGAAGUGAAGUGUAGACUUAAGUGGUAAUGAUCAAGAGCAAAUCAGUUGAUGUUGAAUAACCAACUCUAGCCUCUCAAAGUAUAAUUGAUGUUCGAUACAGCCUGGUGUUUAAAUGUCCAACUGUCUUUUUUCAGUUGACUGUAACCAGUAACCAUUGGAUACCAGAAAAAACGUGAUGUGAACGAAGGAUAUUGGUACAUGUAUAUAUGUAAUGUAGUUUGGCAAUACAAAGUGUCGGCGUAAUAGACCUGAGUAGACAGCAUUUUCAGGAUGGUGAUUUACUUGAUCUUUGGGCAGCAAUUUGAUGACGCCAAAUUUCCGCAUUCUACAUACGGAUUUCUCAGUCCAGCAGGUGUUAGUGUUGCUGUGGACGUUUCUCUUCUAAGUUGCUCAUGAUGUAAAUGUUUGAUUAAAUGGGAAAUAUUAUGUAUCGAGACAGGCAGGCAGUAAGAGAGGAGGAAGGCAAAAUAUGCAAAGGAAAAUCUACCAGGUGGAUCAACAGUCAGUUUUAUUCCCUUAGUCAUAGAACAUUGGAUGAUGGGGUGAGAUGGGGAAAAACUUUCUAGAAGGCUAGCCAAGAAGUCACGUGAUGAACUUGAUCGACCUAACGCUGCUGAGUUUCUAGACAUCUGGAUAAAGAGAUUUCAAAAGUGCAACGCUAACGUCAUAAUGCUCUCACCAAUGACAUUGACUGUACCAUAGAUUGCUCUACCCAGUUUUUCAGCCACUAAGUUGGCUCUGGGUAGUUUGCAUUGUUCUCUUUAAGUGUUAGAUGUUUUUUACAGAAUGUAGUCCUAGUCAACUCUCGUAGUUGUGGAACUUUACAUAGUUACCUUUCUAGUAUUGUUUUAUAGAUGUAUGUUUGAAAUAAAUGUUAUUUGACAGACAGACAGACAGAUACACAGACAGACAGACAGGUAGACACACAGACAGAUAGGUAGACAGACAGAUAUGCAGCAUGGCAGGCAACUUUAGUGAUGCCAAAAAACGUGUGCCUAAUCAGACAACAGGAAGUGGACAAAUAUGCUAGCUGGCUAGCUUGUAUCAACUAACAAGGCUCUGAGUCAAUUGCUGGUAAAAAAAUUGUCGCUUCUCAGAUAUUCUAUGAGCUUGACCUCAAUGGGGAUGGAUUAUUGACAGUCGAAGAAGUCAAUCAGCAGGAUGUGCAGUUUUAUCAGCAGCAGUUUCCUGUCAAGCCAAUGGAUAUCAACAUUCAUGGACUAGGGACUUCUGACCAGACAGACAGUGAAGAGGAUGAGGAAGCCAAUGACACAAUACAAAUACACAAUGAGUUAUAAAUCUUUUAGAAAGUCUUUUCAAGCUACCAUAACUUCAGCAAUUGAUUUCUUAUCAUAUCUA